AUGUAUUUGUCCACAGGUGGCUUUGAGUGUUUGCUGAAUGGAUAUAGAGCAUCAGAAGCAGGGGUAGGGGCCAGUAAAUGGCUCAUCUAUUUCUCCAGGACAGAUAUCUGCGUUUGGGCCGGGACCACAGUAACACUUCCAUGUCGCUAUGAUUACCCCUCACCCAACAGCGCAACACAGGUGAUGUGGUUCCACAUCUCCACAGAGGGCAGACGGGACAUCGCCUACCAUGCUGAUGGAAAUCUGCUGAGCCCCUCGUACAGGGACAGGGUCAAGUACAUGGGGGGAUACAAAAGAUGCAGUCUGCAGAUUACGAAUGUGAAGCUGAGCGAUGCAGGAAUGUACCAUUUCAGAUUCGAGACAGAUCGCCCACAGGGCAGAUGGACCUCUCCUGAUUCAAUCAGUCUCUCUGUCACAGAACUUCAGGUUCAUGUGCAUCCAGUGAGAAUCGGUAACAUAUUUGCUGCUGGGGAGACUGUGAUCCUGAGCUGUGUGGCUCAUGGCUGUGCCGCUUCUGGCAGGUACUAUGCUCUCUAUCGGAAUGGACUCAGCUUAGGACAGUCAAGCAAGCUGUCAGCUAUCAAUAACUUUGACAGCCAGCAUGCAGGUACCUACACCUGCCGCCCAAUCCCACCUCAAAAUGUGCAGUCACCGGGAGUUACCCUGGCUCUUGGCUAUACUCCUCGCUACACCACAGUGCAGAUGACCCCUCGAGAGGCGCUCAGGGAGGGCGACUCAGUGACUCUGACCUGCAGCAGUGAUGGAGCUCCGCCAGCAGAGAGUUUUGCCUGGUUUAAGGAGGGAGAGAGUGGCAGCGUGCCAGACAGCUUUAAACCUGAGCUGAGACUGUGGAAUUUAGACUACAGGGACCAUGGAGAGUACUUCUGUGUGGCCCGCAACACACUCGGCACAGACCGGUCCAGACCGCUUUUAGUAAAUGUCACCUACUCCCCAAAGAACACCAGAAUUGUGGUCAGUCCUACAGGAGAUAUCAUGGAAGGGUUUGCUGUCAAUCUGACCUGCAGCAGCAACGCCAACCCUCCUGUGCAGAAAUACACCUGGUACAAAGUGAACGGAGGUCAGCCUUGGACCAAAGGCCCUGUGCAGAAUCUCACCUUCCCCAGCGUGCGUUCCUAUCAUGCUGGACAGUACUACUGCACUGCAUGGAAUGCUUUUGGCAUGGGAACAUCACCAACAAUCACAUUUGCAGUCCUUUACGCCCCCAAAAACACCUCUGUACUGGCUCGUCCCUCCACUGUGAUUGAAGCAGGCAGCUCGCUGACUCUGACCUGCAGCAGUCAGGCCAAUCCGACAGUGGAGAACUACACCUGGCACCGGAUCAAUGCGGCUGACGCCUGGGAAACUCGAUCGGGUCCUAGCUACACCAUUGCUGAGGUCAGCCCUGGAGCCAGCGGCCAGUACUACUGCGAGGCCCGCAACCGCAUUGGAGCACACAGCUCCCCUGUCCUGACAGUGAAAGUUCGAGGCCGACUUAAGGUGAUUGCAUUGGCGUCUGCAGUAGGUGUGUCUAUUGGACUGAUCUCCUUAACUGUGGUCGUCAUGAUCAGUAAAAACAUGCAUCGUGUGGACACUGAAUAUUCUGAGGAAGAAAAACAGCAUUCAUCAAUAGUUGAUCUUCCAGCGAGAGGUACUCUAUUCAGUGAAUCAACUUCAGAGACAUUUUUCCUCAAGAGCACAAAAAUGUCAGACAUUCCGGAGGAGCCAGAGGAGAUGUACGAAAGUACCCAACCUUCCAUCGUACCGCUGAAAGAAGCUGCUCCGAGCACUGAAGAACCUGGGAAAAUCAACUAUAUUACGGUGCAAUAUUCACGCAUGCCCAGUCUGGAUCAGGUGAAGGUCACAAACAUACCUCCAGAUGGUGAGAAGAAACUCAAAGACGGCCCUAAUGUUGUUUAUACUGUUCUCAGGAAGCAGCCAAGAGACGGGACUGCAAAAUCUGGAAUUUGA